AUGCAUGGAUGUGGGCACGAUGCUCACACAACCAUGCUCGUUGGUGCUGCAAAGUUACUUAAUCAGAGAAAAGAAAAUCUAAAGAGAACUGUUCGAUUGAUUUUCCAACCUGCUGAAGAAGGAGGUGCGGGUGCAUCACAUAUGAUAAAAGAAGGUGCUUUAGGUGAUUCAGAGGGCAUAUUUGGAAUGCAUGUCGAUUAUACAAUUCCCACAGGAACCAUUGCCACCCUUUCAGGACCUAUGUUAGCUGAUGUAUGCUUCUUUAAAGCUAAGAUAGAAGGUAAAGGUGGUCAUGCUGCUGAACCUCACAACAGUGUGGACCCUAUACUUGCUGCAUCAUCAAUAGUGCUAUCAGUUACUUAUGUUAGGGGUGGAAGUGCAUCGAAUGUUAUUCCACCAUAUGUUGAAUUAGGGGGAACACUCAGGAGUCUCACUACUAAAGGUUUGCAACACCUUCAACAACGGGUGAAGGAGGUGAUUGAAAAACAGGCAGCUGUUCAUAUAUGCAAUGGUACAGUUGAUAUGAUGGAGGAUGAAUACCCUCUACAUCCAGCUACCAUUAAUGAUGAGAGCUUGAAGAAGCAUGUGGACAUGGUGGGAUCAAUGUUGCUUGGUUCACAGGGAGUGAACACUACAAGAAACACAAGCUAUACCGACGUCACUUAUCCAGACGACACGUGUCGUCUGCAAAACACAAGCUAUACCGACGACACGUCGUCGGUAAAACAUGUUCCAACUUUGACCAUAUAUGUUUGA